UGCAUCAUUAUGUUCUUCUUUGAAGGUGAGAUGCUAGCAGAACAAAUGUUUCCACCUCCAUCUCAGAAGCUAACUCAAAAUUAAGAGGCUGAUUUAUCAAAGCAAAAGUAACAAAUCAAGAUGUCAUCAAACAAUAAGAUGAAGGGCCUGCUAAAAGGCCUUAGAUACAUUUCUCAAAUAUUUGAUAAUGAACAAGAGCCUGAAAUGCAGAUUGGUCUCCCAACAGAUGUAAAGCAUGUGGCUCAUAUAGGAUGGGAUGGCCCAUCUGUAAAUUCUGCACCCAGCUGGAUGAAUGAGUUUAAAGCACCACCUGGACUUUCAUCAGCACCUGUAGGUAAUGGAGGAGAAGUUCGGGAGGAAGAUCCUGUCAAAUGGGUCUGUCAAGAUGGGAGCUGCGGAAUAGGUUCAAGGAGUCAAAAUUCUUCACCAAGAGACAUGCCAGAACUGCCUAAAUCAUCAAAGCGCAGUUCAUCUACAAAUGGACAUGGUACAGGAGAGUCUUCAAUAAAGGAAAAACCAAAUAAACCUAGGCAACCAAGGAAGCCUUCCAAGAAUUCUUCAGAUGGUAGUAUCAAGCCUAGAAAACCCAAGGAUCCAAACCAAGCUACUGACUCAACCUCACAAGACCUCCCUGGCAUCCCAAAGAAAAGUAGUAGGCGAAAAAAGUCCAAAGACUCCUCUGUCGGUGGAUCCUCCAGGGGGCACAGAACCCAGGACUUGGAUACUGGAUCCGAGUCAGGGUCUGUAUCUGGACCCCGAGAGGAACGGCUUAGUAAUGCUUCAGGUUUUGAAGAAGAGGAAGGUACCUGAGAAAAUUAAUGUUGGUGCCGUUGAUUUUGGUUGGUAGCAGCAAGCUAGACUCUCUUUUGCUUUAGUGGAAACCAAGAAGAAUCACAUACUUUUGUUUUUUUCUUUAAUCUUUUUCCCACCUCGGGGAAACCUAGUACGAUUAAAAAUCCUUUGGAAUUAAUUGUUGAAACUUGGAACUGAUUCAGUGGUUCAGCUUUCGAUGAAGGAAAAUUUUCAAAGCGUGGGAGA